AUGUUCAUCACCGUAUCGCUCAUCCUCAAAACCAAACCGAUCGUUCAAGAUUACUCGACAAACUCGCUUACUGAUAACGAGUGGGACCUCUCAUGGUCGUACUUGCCUGACGACGAAAAGAGCGGCAGUAACCCAGAAAGUGAGAUUUCUGGAGAAGAGUGGGAUGCCAGCUUGUCCGAAUGCGAACGGGACACAGCUUCCAAUGCAGAUGAUUCCUGGUCUGUAUUAGACGAAAUAUGGGACGCAGGAACUCCUUUCACAUGGGGCGACACUGAUGGAGCACAAAUUGAUUGGGACUAUGAGAAUCAGGAACUUCCGGAACCAAUGCCCGCAGAGCCGAAACCAGUAAUCAUGAUUGACACACUCGAGAAGCUCGACGAAUUCUUGCCCGUCCUCUCUCAACUAAAGGAUGGAGUUGAGCUUGCAUUCGACUGCGAAGGUACCCCUUCGGAGGACGAAAAUGGGGUUCCUAUUCCUGGUGGAGGUUUUGGUCGCAACGGGGACAUAUCAUUUUUGUCGAUGACCAUAAUCUCAAUGAACGAAACCUAUGUCUUCGAUGUCUGGGAGCUUAAGAGAACGGCUUUUGAGCGUGAGAGUAAGGACGGCCUGUCUCUCAAGAAGGUUUUAGAGUCCCACGACAGAAUCCAGCUCUGGUGGGAUGUGCGUACUGAUUGGGAUACCUUGUUUCACAAGUACGGGAUUCAAAUCGGAAAGAGGUCAAGGAUUUGUGGCUUAAUGAGAGCUAUGAGAGAAGAAGGUGGCAAAUCUAUGAGCCCGGCAGAGCUAGAUGAUUGGUUGAGCGAAAAGGAGGCUGGUGGAGAUUAUUUCAGGAAGCAUGGCUGGCGACCAUUGACAGCUAGACCAAUCAACUAUACUGCGAGAAAAUAUAUUGCAGGCGAUACGGAGUGCUUAUAUCAGUUGCAAAAUCGAUUGCAAGAUAGAUUGAGCCAUUGGGCGUUUCGCAUGCAAGGCAAAACUGUCGUGGGUCUAAUAGAUGCUAUUGGAAAGCGUUCAGCACUCCAAGCAACUACGGGAGACUUGAUGGAGUUCAUUGACCAGCAGUCGGCUAUCCGGGCUCAUGAUGCAACAUCGCCUGAGUUUGCUCUCAUGUCUUCAGAAGAAAUGACUCUACCACCACCAGCUUUUCGCAGAAUCGAAUUCUGGGCGGAAAAUUACGAUAGAUUGGUGAAGAGGCGGGCUGAAGAUCUCCGAUAUUCAAAUAUUGAUGCCUAUUCAGCCAUUGCCAUCGUGAAGAUAAUGAGAGUGAAUAUCUUAUUCCAACAGCAGCACUUCGAGCCUUCCACUCUAGGAAUGUUAAAGCUGAAGAUGAUAUCGACAGCAGUACUAGUGCAGCCUUUUACGCAACAAGAAAAUCAAGCAGGAGCCGCGUAUUGGCCCAUUUGCUCUGGCAUGGAUAUUGACUGGGAUAGGGGGCCAUCGGAAGUUGCUUCCACAGAUGCAGCAGCCGCAUCUGGUCCUAGUAUUUCUGACAUGGAUGAUGAACUCUGGAAGUGUGUUGCACCUACAGAAGUUGUUCCCACAGAAUUUGGAGAUCAGGUGUUCGGUAUGGCUGGUAGUAACAGCUUAUCACUCACGAUAAGUCUUGAGUCCAAUCAAACUGUACAAGCCUGGUGGGAUUUACAAAGUGAUUUCGAGGCGCUCUCUCACCACUUCCAAUAUCCGUCCAAGAUUAUAUUUAGACUCCCGCUACUCGGAAUCAUGCCCGCCAAAGGCACAGGUAAAUUAAAUAGCCUGGUAAGUUCUGUCCGCAUUAUCUUCACUGGAGCUCCUUUCUUCGUGGGUAGUGGGUACAGUCAAGGGUGGGCCAGAAUGGAGAAGGAUGCGCGAGAUUACUUUGAUUGGAACGGCUUCGAGGUGCUAGAGAUACAACUGGUCAAGCCUUUGGCAAUACAAAAUUGUCGCUGUGAUACAAAAACCACACUCAGCUUGUUUGAUCAUUUAGCUAUGCAUCUCCCGACAACCACUAAGAAAUGA